GAAGAAAAUGUGUUUUAUUUAUAUACUUUUGGGGAGUUUAAUCUAUAUUACAACUUGUCUCUAAACUGUCACCUGUACUGUCACCAAUCCAAUUGAGGCACAGAAAAAGAGAACAAUGGACAUUUCCAUCCAAAGUAUGCAGUGGUAACAGUUCAAUAAAAGUUCAAUACCUACAACAGUGUAUCGCUGUAAAAAAAGUGUAUCGCUGUAAAAAAAUAACUAUACAUCUGUUCUUUGUAGGAGCAACAGUGAUCCAUAAAUCACUCCUGUCUACAUAUAUGUUAUCACCUUUAAUGUAUGAUCUGUUAUGCUAACAUGCACUUAACUAUAUGCUAUUCACAGAGAGACCCAUGAAACAGAGGGCUAUAACAGAACAGUGUGUCUGGUUGGGGGCUCCAAGUUAACUUUUGGAGCUGCAGAAAUGAACACCCGGUUAAACAUGUUGAUUGAUGGUUAGACAUGAACGUGCUAUGACUGGUCUUGUGCUUAGAUAUAUGUAUAUAAUUGUUCCUUUUGACAAGUGGGCCACUUGUGUUUUGCUACAAGUGACAUUAUUAUAUUUGUCAGAUUGAACUUUGGCUCACUGAGAAGUUGUUGUUUGUGGGAUGCGUGUUUUCCACUCAGAUUUAAAGGUGAAAGUUUUGAUCUAUUGACAUUUAACCAACAACAACUGUCUCGUGACCUUUAGAAAGCCCACAUCCCUCUCAUAGGUAUGUCCCCAGAACAAUGAUAAAUAUAUUUUGUCUGGUGUGAUAGCUCUUCCUUGUAUAUAUUACCUCAAACCUGAUGUAGAUAAGAUAAGCUGAUCACACUGUUAAGGUAUGAUAUGCAUUUUAUAUUGAAUCUUUACAAGCACGGAAACAGUGAUAACAUUUGACCUCAAUCCUCUUAACACCCCCAAAGGAGCACAUAGUGACUCACAAAGACAGCGCUGUUGUGAUGAUGUUGAAAUUCUACACCGUUGUACUGUAGCAAUACUUAAUCAUACAUGGAACAUAACAGUUCACAUGGGGCAGACGUUGGCAAACAUUUCCAUUAUAUUAAAAUGGCAGGAAACUCAGUAGACAUUCAGAACCACAUUGAUCACACUUUCAGAGACAAGUUCAAUUAUCUGGAAAAGAUGGCGGUAUAUUUCCUGAGAUCAGAGCACAGGAGAAAUGUUAUUGUUAAUAAGUGCUGAGACCUCCGGCUCAUCCCGCUCACGAUGACACAUACUAUUUUCGGUUAUUGUCUCUCCCCCACAGGCACUUGUUACAGCUCAUCACUGAGCAGAAACCAACAGAAACAUGAUUUAUGAGAACUGUCUCAUCCCUGGGAGUAAUGAGUACAAAAAAAAAACAUGCUGGGAAAUCUGUCAUACUAUGAGAGUUUUUUCCAUGCCCUCUUAAAUCUCUGAAUUUUCCCAAACAUGUCCACUCUUUUGAAUGUGCUCCUGCUUUGUGAGCUUUGAUCUGAGUUCCUUGCCAGCCCUUGUCAGAAAACUGUUGACGCAACUUAUUUCCCACAAUCAGACAGUCUGUGGGUAAAACAUCUCCUCUUGCAGACCAACACACUCGUGUGCAUAGAAACCACAGUUUCUGCACAGCUUACUUUCCAUUUCUCUUCAGGAAGCUCCUGCUUUGUUCAGAGGGGCGUCUUAGACGUCUGUGACAUGCAAAUGAGCUGUAUGAACUGUGUUGUGCCGUGCAAAGCGGAAACGCUUUCCAAGUCGGUGGAAAAAUGUGUGUAAUUGUAAAUGUCAUCAGUCUAUAUCUCGCAUGUACAGUUAUACUCCCUCAGAAUACCUUCUGUUUGAGAUAAACGGCUGACAGACAUUGAGAGGAGCUUUUUAACGUUUGCUGAAAUGACACCCGGUUCAAACCGCACACUCUCCAGGAAAGGGAUUGAAACAAAUUGCUGCAUACUCUAUAGAAAACCCAAAGCCAGGUGUGAGAAGAUCUGCCACUUUACAGAGUCAAGGACAAAGGAUCAGAGACAUAUAAAAUCUCCCUGCUUCAGGAACUGUCUGACUUUUUGCUUCAAGGAGCGGGCGAGGAUGGAGCAAAGGGAACCAGCACUGGAUGUUGAAGGGACUGAAGGAGGACUCAGGGAACUGGCCUCAAAGUGGUUUAUAGACACUCAGUUACCAAACAUCGUCCAAAACGGCUUCUUCCCCAGCUGGUUCCGCGGCUUCAUCACAAGAAAGGAGGCAGAGCACAUACUCAGAGAAAAGGAGCUGGGAUCUUUUCUGAUCCGUCUCAGUAAAAAGGCCAUCGGAUACAUUCUGUCUUAUACAGGCAGGGAUCGGUGUCGACAUUUUGUGAUAAACGAAAAUGAAUCAGGGCAGUUUGUAGUGUUUGGCGACACUAAAGGGCACGACUCGCUCUAUGAGCUCAUAGAUUACUACCAGACGAACGCCAUUCAGCCUUUUGAAGAGUCCCUGGCAUCUUCAUGUUUUGAGGAACUUGACAAAGAGCUGUAUGACACCAUCCAGGUUAGCCCUAAAGAGAGGCCUGUUCGAGCUAUAAAGAACAUGCGAACACCACAGAUUAACUCAGAGCAGCUUCCUGCACUUCCACCCAGGACACAAGAGGAAGUCCCUCCUUUGCCUCGGAGGACCCGAAAUCUCGACAUUGGUCCGUUGAAUGACCUUGAGAAGGUUUUAUAUGCUCAGUCUAAGAAGCAAAAACCCAGGGAGAUACCGAGAUCCGAACUCAUCUGUCAGGGCAAUUUCCCUGGAGAUAAACAAGUGAGAGCUGGGAGAUCAACAACUCAGGAUCAGAACAUGAGCAGGAGCAAUUCUCCUUCUGGACCAGAGUCUGUUUACUCUGAGCUCAGCCUGCUGGAUACCAAGUGCAGGUCUCUACCGCUCCUGAACCACAGCUGUGAGGGAGAGCAGUCUUACAGGCUGAGUGCACCCCCCCUCACGCCACCCAGACUUUCCCCUAAGCCCGUCAGACAAGCCACUUCCUUUAGUCCUCUGCCUGAGGGGUCAGACUCGUGCAGCAGUCAGGAUCACAUGAGUGACGCUGCUGUUUAUCACCUGGCUGGCAGAGCUAGCAGCCCACACCAUGCUUCCUCUGGGACUGGAUCUUCAGAGCAGCACAGGGGGGCAGUGUACGCUGAGGUCUCAAAUGAAGACCACUUCCCUCAUACAUAUGAGCCGAUUCCUGGCCACAAGGACACAGACGCACCUGAACCCGACAGCAACACCUACGAACCUCUGGAGGACGUCAGACCCAAACAUGGUUACCUCACCUGGGGGUUUAAGAAUGAUAAAUGGAAAUGGCUGUUCCCUGAAGUCAAGAAGAAAUGGUGAAGAGCUUACUUUGCCAACUACUGAUGAAAUUUUCACCCACUUUCUCUACACUACAGUGGUCCUGCCUUACAUUCACUCUGUGAAAGAAUAUUUGUAAUGUGUAAAACCUGGGCCCUCAUGUGCAUAGUUUAAUCAAUGACAUCUUCUGUCAUUUGUAUUUCAAAUCUAUUUAUUUAAAGAAACACUGUAGUCUAUUUAUUUGUGUCUACACCACAUUUGAAUAAAUGACACAUGCAAAAAGGAAAACUCAUUAUUUUCCCAGAGAAAAAAGG